AUGUCGGGUCGCCAAGUGUCCCACGGUCGCGGCGGCGCAGGGAACAUCCACACGGAUGGCAAGCCGCCCUCGCCCGCCGACCUCGUCACCCCCACCAUCAAGCAGGACUUCUACACCACCGGCCGCGGGGGUUCAGGCAACAUGAUGUUCAACGACAAGGAGCGUCCAGAAAUCGCGCGUGGUAGUCAGGAUGUCGAGGAGCCGCCGAAGCGGUCGCAGGAGAACAUCCAGUUUACUGGCCGCGGUGGUGUCGCCAACGCUGUUAUCCCCAGUGUCGAGGAACAGAAAGCCAAAGCCACUAACUCUGAACCACGAGAGCGAGUGCCAUCGAAGGAACGGCCUAAGGGGGUACCUGGUGCAUAA